CAUGUGCUCCCACCCAUCGCAGCAAGGAAUGCUUCCGGAGUCCAAAACCGUGCACGUCCCCGCGUGAUCACCACUUUGACCGAACCAAUCACCACAAGACUUUAGAACCCGUCUCACCCACGCUAACCAGUAAAAAAAUCAACGCAAAAAAGUAGAUGACAAAAAAAGGUAGCGGAAGAAAGAGAAAAAAAAACGAGCAGCAGCGGCGGCAGCGAGAGAGGCAGUAAGUGCGUGCGAGCGAUGCUCCACCCCUUCUGCCCCCUCACCACUAUGUCCUCCUCCUCCUCAUCCUCCUCUUCCUCCAAAUCCAAACGAAACCCUAACCCUAGUCCUAAUUCUUCGAACCAUGUCCCUAAUUCUAGCUGCCUUUUGCCGUGCAGGCACUCGCCGGCGGCUACCCUCGACCUCCUCAUCCUGGUCCUCGUCCUCUUCUCUUGCGCUUUUCUCAUCAUUUCUUCCGUCUCCCACCUUGCUCGCGCCCUCUCCCUCCUCCUCCUCCCACUCCUACGCCCCCUCGCCGCCUCCUUCCACGCCACCCCCCUCCCCUAUCUCGCCGCCUUCUUCCUCCCCCUCCUCCUCGCCGCCGCCGUCAUCGCCGCUGUCGAGCUCUCCCACCGCGCCCAUCCCUGGUGGCCCUUCUGGCGCCGCCGCCGCUGCGGCAACCCCCGCUGCCGCGGCCUCCGGAAGGCCUUCGAGUUCGACGUCCAGUUCCAGACCGAGGAGGUCCUCCGCUCCCCUCCCGCCGCCGCCGCCUUGUGGAAGGAGAUCGAUGGCCUCCCCUGGAAGGGGGGGGCAGGAGGGAACAAUCCUGACUACGAAUGCCUCCGCACCGAGCUCCGGCGGUUGGCGCCCCCCAACGGCCGCGCCGUGCUGCUCUUCCGCUCUCGAUGCGGGUGCCCAAUCGCUAAGCUCGAGGGCUGGGCCCCCAAGCGGGGCCGCCGUCACAAAAAGGGCAUGACCAACUUGGCUCUUGGGGGAGGAAAAAGGUGAUUGCUGCUGGGGUCUUGUCUAUUAGUUCAAUCUGUUCUUUUCUAAAGGACUUAAAUGCCUUGGAUACUGCUCUUCACCAAAACUCUUACCACAAAGUGAUGAUUAAAAAAAAAUAGAAGAAUAAAAAGGAUGAUGAAAAUAGUCUUGGGUAGGAGUUGCCACCAUCUGGAAGUGUGCGUCUCACUUUGAACAUUCUCUCUCCAUAUGGUAAUGAACGCUAUUGCUGGGAAGGCAACUGAUGCACAAUAAAUUUAGAAAAGCUGGAAACAAUGACAUUGUUUUCUAUCUUUCCAACAUCAUUUUUGUCACUUUUUGUUAGUCUGCAAAGUAAUUACCCCUUUGCUUGUUGGCAUUGUA